UUCACAUUUUUCGAAGUUUGAAAAAAAAAAUUUAAUUAGAAAUUAAUUUACUAAAUGAUUAAUUUAAUAAAACACAUUAGAUUUUUAAAUCAAUAAUAAAAUGCAUUUCUAUGAUGUGAUAAAGUACGAAUUUUAAAGGAAUUUUACAGCAAUGAAUGCUGAAACUUGGGAACUGGAAAGGCGAUAUUCGGUGCCUGGAGCGUUAGACACUUCUGGACUCACACUACCUGCCAGUGAGGAUCUACAUGCAUGGUCAAUUUACAGACAAAAUUUGAAUUCCGAUUUUGCUGAUUCAGCACUGGGUUCAGCUGAAAAAUCACCUCUUCCCUAUGGAAAUUUUCAACUUCGCGAUUCAACAGUUCAAAGUAUUUUAAGACAUCCACGUUAUGGACCAAAGAAUCAUUUAGCGAGCAAUUCCUAUACUUAUUUAAAAUUUGGACUACCAAGAGUUUUACCACCAUUGAGAACACAGGAUUCAAGUGAAUGUAAUUCAAGUGAAGAAGGUCGUCGUACAUCACAAUUGGGAAUUCCAUUAUCACAUUGUAAUACAGAAAUGAAAUCAUCAAGAAGCGAUCCUGAUUUUCGUCUUAUUCAUUCAAAUGAAAAUGUUCAUUUUCAACCAACGAGUGGCGAUAAUAAUUUAAGACUUCGAUGUGUUAGCGAAGCAAAUCUUUUAAUUACCGAUAAAUUAAAUAAAAGAUGUGGAUUAAUAAAUUCACAGAAUAAUAGCGGAAUUUUGAGACCAAAAAAUAAUAUUACGAUAUUAAGAUCGACAUGCUUUCAACAUCCACAUCUUCAAUUUCGUAGAAUUGAAACUUGUGGUUCUAAUGGUUCUUCUAUUCUCAAUGGAAUAUCAUUUGAAGCUGGUGCAGCUGAUAUUCUUGCCAUAAUGGCUACCACUGAGAAAGAUGGUACUUCAAUUAUGGAAACAGUUUCGGGAAGGAAGAAAAUAAAAAAUGGCGAUAUUUUACUAAAUGGAAGAUUAAUUUCUUCCAAAACUUUAAGAUCCCGAGUCGCUUAUCUACCGGCGGAAAGUAAUUUAAAUCCUGAUUUGACAGUUCAGCAGGCAUUAAAUUUUUAUAUGUUACUUAAAGGUGGAACGAGAAUGACAUCAUUGGAUGCAGAAGUAAUUUUAGGAGAUUUAGGAUUGGAAGCAACAAAACAUUGUUUGGUUGAUACAUUAACAACAUCGGAAGCAAGAAGACUUGCAUUGGCUUGUAGAUUAUUGCAGGAUUCUCAUAUUCUUGUUUUAGAUAAACCAACGCAUGGUCUUGAUAUUUUCGAUGCUUUCUUUCUUAUGGAAUAUUUACGACAAUGGUCAAUUAGAAAACAAAGACUCGUUAUUCUUACACUUCAACCACCAACUUAUGAAAUAUUAACAAUGAUUUCAAGAGUUACAUUAACAUCGGGUGGAAAAAUAAUGUUCUCAGGAGCAAGAAGAGAUAUGAUUCCAUAUUUUUCCCUCAUUGAAUUUCCAUGUCCGCCAUUUAAAAAUCCUUCGGAUUAUUAUUUGGACUUGGUUACAUUGGAUGAUUUAUCAACCGAAGCAAUGUUGGAAUCAUCGCAGAGAAUUGAUCAUUUGGCGGAAUUAGCAAAAGCAAAAUUGCCACCAUUGAGUGAACCAGGACUUCCCGGUGUUUUACCGCCUUUAAAUUCGAAUGCAAAUAUAUUUUUACAAAUUUAUGCUCUAUUUGCAAGAGCUCUAGUUUAUAGUCAACCAUGGUCGUUGACAAAAUUAAUUAAAAAAAUUGUGAUAUCAGCCACAUUAAGUAUUAUUCUCGGCGCUGUAUUUUGGGAUGUUGCUAAUGAUUUUAAUGUACAUUUAAGAGAUCGAAUAGGAUUUUUCUAUUCAACUUUAGGAAUUUUACAUUGGCCACUUCUUUUAAUUUCCAUUCGAGAAGCCAUUAAAACAAGAGUGAAAAUUGAAAGAGAAAUAAAGGAUGAACUUUAUGGAAGAUUUGUUUACAUUAUUGUUAAGCUUCUCUGUAAUAUUCCAUCGUGGACUGUUAUUUAUUCAGUUUAUUUAGCACCAGGUUAUAUAAUGUCAGGAUUACAUUUACCAUCAAAAGAAGAAUCUCUAAAUAUUGUUUGGCAUUAUUUUAUCACAGCAAUUAUUUAUUUAUUAUUUCUUCAUUUAAUAUGUCUUUUGUUGUCAUAUAUUUGUAAAUGGACAAUUAUGGCAGUUUUAAUGUCUGGUUUAAUUAUUGGUGAACUAACAAUAAUUGGUGGUGUAACACUGCAUAUAAAAAAUUUACCAUUUUUGUAUUUACAAUAUAAUCCAUUUCGAUGGAUACUUUCAAAUCUUUUAUCACAAGUUUAUGAUGAAGAAUAUUUAAAGAAAUUAAUUAAAUGUGAAGGUAAACAAAUACAACAACAUGAUAUUAUUGUACAAGAAAGUUGUGACACACCAACAAUAUCUUUUGGUAAUUUAGCAUUAAAAGAAAUUUCACUAAAUCAAAUAAGAAAUGAUAUAUUAAUGUGGUUAGGAAUUUUAAUAAUAAUUAUUGUAAUUUUAAUAAUUUUAACAUUUUUUUGUAUCAAAUAUGUGAUACGAAAAAAACAGAGAAAUAUACUAAAUAAACAUUGAAAAAAAAUUAUUUAAUACCUAAAUCGUAGUAAAAAGA